AUGCGAUUUUUGGUGUUUCUGGAAACUUCGAUUCCUGGAGUUUUGACGCUUUCUCGAGUUUUAGUGACAGCAUAUUUUCAUAUGCAAAAUGUUACUGGACUUUCUCUAGUAGCUUAUAGAUUCACAUCGGUUUUAUUUUUAAGAUCCGAACAGUAUUGGAAUCGUUGGUACUUUUUGGUUCCAAUUUGCGGAGUAGUCUACUCGUUUGCAGUAAUUUCUCCAUGGUGGCUGUUCAAUAACUACACUGGAACAGUGGAAAUUAGAAAUGGAACUAUCUAUAAAAAUGUGAAUGAGAAGGCAAUGUUCACUCAAGCAACAAUAAGUCCAAUCUUCUCAACAUUUUAUUUUCUUAUGAUUUUGCUGAUUGGAGUGUGGACAACUAUGGCAAUAGAGGAUAGAGGAAAGAAAAGUCAAUCGAGUAGACAUCGUCAUUUCGUCAAGAAAUUGACACGAGUUAUCGUUUGUAACAGCAUUCUCAUGUCGGGAAACUUGCUAUUUUUGAUGUGGCAUAUUAUUUUAUUGGGAAUCGUUGGGCUGGUGACGGCUGGAAGUCCUGGAACAAAUGGGGAUAUUAAUCAGCCAGAAAUUCAAAAAGAGUUAUUGGAAGAGGCGAAAGUGUAUCUCUUCAAAUUCGGUUACAUGAUUCCUGAUGCUCACCAACCUGUAAAAUCAGUUCAGGAGCCAACAGCACAACAAGUACACGAUGCCCUUGUGCGCUUCCAAUCUGCCUUCCUAUACUAUUCUUCCGGUACUGUUGAUGUUCCAACACAAGCAAAAAUGAAUGAAUGGAGAUGUGCGAAUAAUGAUAUGGAUAGAGGAUCUCCUAUUCCUCCUGCUUCCAAGAAAGAAUUAUGGACCAAAAAAUCGCUGACUUAUAAAAUUGUGAACACUCCAAAAACACUAUCCGAGGCACGAAUCAGAUCAGCAGCUCACGAGGCCUUUGCGCAAUGGACCAGAGCCAGUGGAUUCAAGUUCGUGGAGAGCACUGGACAAACUCCAGAUAUCACGAUAACGUUCUAUGAUGUUCCACAGAGCAACUUGAGAAUAGCCGGCAGUGCAUCCAAACCUCUGAACAGUCAUAUUAUUCUGGAUAAGAAUCAAGAGUGGGCAUACAAAUCACAAGCGCCAAUGGGAAUUUCUCUCUACCACACACUUCUUCACGAGAUUGGACAUGUUCUCGGUCUUCCGCACACGUUUUAUAGAGGGUCCAUCAUGCACCCAAUUUUCAAGCCAGUCCUUCUCCCAUUCGGUACUUUGGACAUUGUUCCGAACGUUGAUCGUUUGGCUAUUCGUAAAAUAUAUGGACUCUCGUCCAUUGAUCACCCAUCCCCAACAUCCGAUGUUGCUCACUCCAAGUGCCCGAAGCAUGUCGACUCGGUUGUAGCCAUUAACGACCAAGAAUGGCUCCUAUUCCGUGAAAACAAAGUGUACAAACUGGAAAACAGAAAGUUCGUCGACUCUGGCCGUCCGAUCCAACAAGUCUUCCCACGUGGACCUCAAUUCGUGAAUGCUACAGUUUCAUCUGGUCAAUUGACUCUUCUGUUUGUUGAGAGAACGAUCUAUGGAUACGAGUUCGAUGGAAUACAAUUCACAGAGGCUCAAAACUAUCCAAAGGAGCUUCAUGAUCGUGUACUGUUCUAUCCACAAGGGGCGUUCCCAUUAAACAAUGGAAGUGUUAUUCUCUUGUCUGGAAACGUGUUCGCCACCUACAAUGUAAACCAAAACGCUCCAUCAUUCCUAAACGAUAAGAACCGCUACUUCCCUAAUCUUCCAGACGACGUUAGAAGUGGUAUCGAGAAACGUCAAGGAUCCACAGAUGAAUACUACAUGUUUGAUGAGGCUACAGUCUCGGACUACGAUAUGAAUUCGAAGCAGGUCAUCCAGCUGGAGAACAUUCCGGACUUCUUGAAGUGUGUCUAA